CAAAUGGCGGGGCUGAGUGAAUUGCGAAAAGCACCGCAUUUCAUUUCAAUUUCCAAGCAUGGAUAAGAAGAUGAAGCAGAAGCACACUGGGAACAAACCAAAACAGCAAUCGACCAUGAAGAAGAAGGAGGAGAAGCAACAGCAGAAUGAGAAUCACAAGAGCAAGAGCAUUUACGACAUUCUCCCUCUUGAACUGAUUCACAGGAUCCUAUUUAGGGUUCCUCUCAAAGAUCUCGGUCGCCUUAAGUGCGUUUCGAAGCUUUGUAACACUCUCAUUUCCGAUCCCGAUUUUGCGAAAUUGCAUCUUCACCUCUCUGCUGCACCCGCCCAUGUAUGCCUCUUCGUAUAUGACGACGACUCCAAUGCCGUUUCCGUUGACAUUGACGCAGCAUUUCACCGCCACACUGCAGUAAAAGAGGUAUCUCUCCCUCUCAAGAUGAACACACCUUUUGAUUUUAAAGUUAUGUGCUCCUGCAGAGGGCUUCUUCUCUUACACCGUGCCCCGCAUUUUUUAAUCGUAUGGAACCCACUAAUUGGAUCCAGCAAAAAAGUUUCCUACUCUCACAUUGUUUCUCGUAUUCAUCGCAAGUACUUUAUGUUUCCCGAUAUUGCGUGUUUGUAUGGAUUUGGUUAUGAUGCUUUACAAGAUGACUACUUAGUUGUUGUAGCUUCUCAGGAUAAGAAUGACCAAGAGCACUUUGAUUGCUUGUCUUUGAGAACCAAUUCAUGGACUAAUCUUGAUUUUGCACUCUCCAAACCCUUGGGUACUAGCAACUGGCAAUCUCGUGGGUUCUUCUUGAAUGGCGCUAUUCAUUGGGCGUCUUUUAGAUUUUAUAGUAUUCUUAUAUUUGAUUUGAAGGAAAGAAGUUUCUCAACCAUAUCUAUGCCUGAACAAGUGAUGGGUUAUCUCGAUCCCACUCAUCUCAUCCUACUAGGAGGUUGCCUGGCCUUGUACUCUUGUGAUAGCAAAGAAACUAACAUAUGGGUGAUGAAAGAAUACAAAGUGCAUUCAUCUUGGACUUUCUAUCAGAUUUCUCAUGAAGACUGUGUGCCUCUAUGCUUAUCCAAUGGUAGUGACAUUGUUGCACUAGAUUCUUUUCUGAUAUCUAGACUUCCCUGCUUAUACUUUGCCAAAUAUAAUGUCAGAGGAGAGCUCCUCCAACUCAAGUAUGUUCAAGUUCCUUGUCGUGAUUGGUCUAGACGCUACAUGGUAUACACAGAGAGUCUCGUGCCAGUCCCCAGUGAGAUUAAGGAUAAGGAUAAGGAUAAGAAGAAGAAAAAUGGCCGUCAGAAUCAGAAGAACGAUGUCAAACAAGAAAAGAGAACUAGGAGCGAAUGUGGUACGAGUAUAGCUGAAUGCAAGAAAGGAAGUGUGAGGCAUGCAACCUUAGCAAAAGAGGUUGCAACUAACUCCGGACAGAUGGCAGCCGAUCCUCAAAUUCAGGGCCUCAGAAGAAGCGUGAGAUUGAGAUUGAGAAAGAGGUGAAAUAGCAUGCUGCUGAGGGAAUUCAGGCACUAAGUGUAUUGUGGUUAUGGAUUCUUCCCACUGCUGCAACCUGAUUCUACGGAUUCUGAUCUCCCUAUUUCUUUUAAUUCCGUCGCAUUUACUGUUACAUUGAAGAACUCUAUUUUGUUUCUGUUCUUAGAGCUCAAGUCACUGAUGAGCUUCAUUUCCUUAUGAUUGUUCUUAGUUCUGAACUCUAAGCUUGUGUUCUGGCUUAAAUUCCUCUAUUCAAUAUACAUACCACUUCACUUUUUCUUUUAGAUCAUCUAUCACCCUAUCAGAAUGACUCGAGAGAGACACUUAAUUAUGUUGUAAAUAAAGUAUUGGCAAGUUCUUCUGGAAGAAGCUACUAGAGAAUUUUGUUUUAUUUUGCUUUUGCAUUAAGGUAUGAUUUCCCUUUCAACUAUGAAUGUAAAAAACUGGAACAUUUGAAAGAGCAGAUAGA